AUGUCAAUAAAAUAUAUCUGGAGACAUCUAUUAUGUUUAAUGAAGAUGUUCAUAUUAAUUUUUGUGAUUCUAUUAUAUUACAAUGAUCGAAUAAAACAAAAUAAAACUCUACCAUUAAAAUUAAGUUGUUUAAAUGUUAAUAAAACAAAGUAUGAAAGUGAAAUAUCUAUAUUUAAAUUACGAUUGAAUCAACGAUUAUUUCAUCUUGGUCAACGAUUUUCUCAUAUUAAUAUCAAUAAACUUCUUCAUAUACAAUCGUCUUCUACUAAAACAUUCACAUAUUUUUGUUCGAAAUUUUGUGGAGGAUGGGGAGAUCGUCUACGUGGAAUAACUUCAGCAUAUAUUCUUGCUGUUUUAUUACAACGUCGUUUUGUUAUUGAUAUGCAAUAUCCUUGUAAUUUAACAAAUUUUCUUCUACCAAAUUUAAUUGAUUGGAAACCAAUUUAUCGUAUACAUCAACAAAAAAAUUCUUUAAAAUUAGAUAUAAUGUAUAGUAAAUAUGCAGAUAAAGUUAUUUCACACAUGGCUACUGAUAAUUUAACUCAAAUUUGGUUAAAUUAUGAUAAUAUUUUUUUUACAACAAACAAUGAUUUGAUAAGUAUUGUUUUAAAAAAUCCAUUUUUUAAAUUAAUUAAAUCUCAAAUUAAUAUUCAAUCAAAUGAAUCAACACAACAAGAAUUAUUUCCAUUUUUAUUUGAAUUUCUUUUUAAACCAACUUCAAUUAUUAUUAAUAAAAUUGAUGAAUUAUUUUUGAAAAGUUCUUUAUAUUUUAAUCAAUCAAUUAUUUGUAUGCAUAUUCGAAUUGGACAAAGUCUAACUUUACGAAACGAUAAAAAACUUCCAUUUCGACAAGCAAUUGUUCAUGAUAUGUUAGAAUUUAUUGAUAAAAAUUUAACUGAUUCAUAUUCAUCAAUAUUCGUUACAAGUGAUUCAUAUCAAAUUCAACAAGAUAUUUAUAAACAUUAUGGUAAUAAUCGAUUAUUAAGUGUAUCUGGUCCAAUAAUUCAUAUCGAUCGAUUAAAUACAAAAAUGGAAUCAAAUGAAACACUUUAUCAUGGUUUUGUUAAAGUUAUAUCUGAUUUUUAUUUUUUAGGUGAAUGUGAUACACUUCUUAGACCUCGAAGUGGUUUUAGUGAAUGGGCUGGUCGUCGACGAUUGAAGGAAUAUUCAAAUUUAUAUAUUUAUUGUCGUGGUAUACAUCGAGUAACUAGUUCGAAAUGGCGACGACCAUAUAAUCUAUGUUAG